AUGAUGCUUGAUCACGACUCGCCCCUGGUGCAGCCCUCGGCAGCCCCUGAAGCACCCGAAGCACUUCCGGAGCCGCUGCCGCGGCUCGGCGAGGCCCCGCCGCCUCCUCCGUUGCAGCGGAUAGACCUGGUCUUCGAGCAGACGGGGUCCCUGGGCAUCGAGUUCAAGGAGCUUGCCGCGCCCUUCAUCAUUGAACAGGUUCACAGUACUGGCUUGGCUUACGGCAAGGACCUGCAGAAGGGGGAUCAGCUCAUCCUUGUCGGCGGCGUAGACGUGACAAAGCUGGCCUGGGAUGACUUGGUGAAGAAGCUCGGCCCCAGGCCGGUGCUGAUGACCUUCGAGCGCCCCACUGCGGUUGAUGAGGAGCCGGCGGCAGCGUCAUUCAUGUCUGGUCUUGGCAGCACCAUGCGCAGCCUGGGUGGGAGUGUCAUGGAGCAGGGCUUUGAUCUGGGAAAAGUUGGCAGCGCUGGCCUGGAGAUCGGGACCAAGGGCUUGGAGCUUGGCAGCAAGGUGAGCAGUGCAGGCAUCGGUUUCGGAAGCAAGGCACUGGCAGCUUUGACUACCAGCGACGACGCAGGUGCAGAAGCAGCGAGUAAAGACCCCACUCUGCUGGCAGAACACGAAGCCUUGUCGCAGCAAGUGGGCCAGCUUCAAAAGCAACUUGCAGACGCAGCAAGCGAAGCCAAGUGGAGCGCAGAGCAGUACCAAAAGCUGCAGAGCUCCUGCCAAGAGGAAUCUCGCCAAAAGGAGGAGCAAAGGCAGCUUGCCGCAUCAUACCAGGAGAAGUGCGCGUCUCUUACGCAACAGGUUGCGAUGCUUCAGGAAGCUCAAAGCGAGGACUCGCAGGCCGCACGCUUGUCAGCAGACCGCGACGCACUGGCCCAGCAAGUGCAGCAGCUGGAGAAGCAACUGGCGGAUGCUUCUGCUUUAGCUUCCAGCGCCGCCAGCCAAAACAUGGAGGACCAGCAAAGGCUACAGGAGUCGCUUCAGGAGGAGGCACGGCAAAAGGAGGAACAGAAGCAGUUGGCCGUGGCUCUGCAGGAGAAGUGCGCCGCUUUAGAGAAGCAAGUCGAAGCCCUCAAGACAGAGGCACCUCCAGCUGUGCCUAAUGGGGACGCAACGCGGACAAGUGAGCUGGCCGCCGAGCACGAGGCUCACACCCAGAAAGUCCAGCAGCUGGAGACGCAACUGAAAGAAGCGAGCAGUUUGGCCAGACACACUGCAGAGCAAUAUCAGGAAGAAGCCCGCCAGAAGGAGGAGCAGCGGCAACUCGCUUUGUCAUAUCAGGAGCAGUGCGCUUCCCUCACCAAGCAGGUUGACGCGCUGAGCGAAGCUGGCCAUAGUGCUGCCAAUGUUCAGGAGGAGGCCGCGCGCUUGUCAGCAGAGCGCGACGCACUGGCCCAGCAAGUGCAGCUGCUUGAGAAGCAACUGGCAGAUGCUGCCGGCGCCGUCAGCCGAAACGUGGAGGACCAGCAAAAGCUUGCAUCGUCGCUGCAGGAGGAGGUCUGCCCGUCAUAUGCCUCCUCCCGGGUAGGUUAUACUGAGCAGCACUAUGUAAAGGCGGUAAGCAAGGCUGAUGCGAUCUGA